GGUUAACAUCGACGCGGGCUAUAGUGCGCAGCUGAGCUUAACUGAUCCCAUACCAGUUUCAGUAUCGUUCGACCUUAACACCAGUUUAAAGGGUUUUCUGUGCUUGCUCUUGAAGAUCUUAGAUUCUCUCUUGCCUCCAUUUUUCCAGAAUGUUCAAAAAAUUUUCCUCUGAAGAGGUGUCUGCACAAAACCAAGUUAAGGCAUCUGUCCAGCGCAAAAUUCGCCAAAGUAUUGCCGAUGAGUACCCUGGACUCGAACAAGCAUUGGAAGAUUUGCUACCAAAGAAAUCUCCUCUAAUUGUGGCUAAAUGUCAGAACCAUCUAAAUUUAGUUGUGCUAAACAAUGUGCCACUAUUUUUCAACAUUCGUGAUGGACCAUAUAUGCCUACCCUAAGGCUCCUUCAUCAAUAUCCAGAUAUAAUGAAAAAGUUGCAAGUAGAUAGGGGUGCCAUAAAGUUUGUUCUCGCUGGUGCAAACAUAAUGUGUCCAGGUCUGACUUCUCCCGGCGGUGCUUUGGAUGACACAGUGGCUGCAGAGACUCCUGUGGCAAUAAUGGCAGAAGGAAAGCAACAUGCUCUUGCCAUUGGCUUCACAAAAAUGUCAGCAAAAGAAAUAAGAGAUAUCAACAAGGGAAUUGGAGUUGACAACAUGCAUUAUCUUAAUGAUGGUCUUUGGAAGAUGGAACAUCUAGAUUGAGGAUAUUGAAGACUAACUGUGAUAACAUCAAGAAGAAAUGAAGCAUUUAUAUUAUGGUUUCAUCAAUGUGGUGUGGAUUUUCCUGUCUUAAUGAGUCAUAUGUAUACCCCAUCUUUAUUUACUUGUUUUGUCCUUGUAUGUGGAGUGAUCAUCUUUAACAAACAGUUCAUCCUUUAAUCGAAUUCAUGGUAAGAUGGUCAUAACCAUUUUGUUAUACAGUUAAAAGGUAUUUUUCGUGUGUAAUGUAAGAUGGUGAAUUCUCAACUCUCAAGUGGCUGUUCUUCAGCAAAUCCGUAUCGAGCCUGUGUUUA